AGAGGGGGAGGAGCGUCGUGUCUUGACCUGCGCAGUAGAGACUUUCUCUUCCUCCCUCCCCCCGCCCUCCGCGGGCACGCAGGCCCUCACGCACUCCCUCAGGCCGCCGCCAUCGCAGGCUCCUCAGCGAGCGCCUCAGGUUUCCUGCUCGGUGACGGAGGGCCAUGAGCGGCAGCGGCGGCUCCUGACGGCGGCGCCGCUGAGCCCGCCUCGCUCGCUCCUCCUCCUCCUCCUCCCUUCGCGCCGAGGAUGCUGAAGAUGAAGCUGCCGGUGAAGCAGCAGCAGCAGCAGCAGCAACGGCAGACGAUGAGCCACCAGGAGGCGGACGACGGCGGCGGCGAGGGAGCGGCGGUUGGCGGCCUGGCCUGCCACCCGCGCCGAAGCGGCUCCUCAGGGGCGGCGGCUUCCCCUGGCCCCGGAGGCGGCCCGCCUCUGCGGUGCCUCUGCGGCUGCUCGGCCGGCGGCGCCCGCGAGGCGGUCUACGAGUGGUUCGGCCUGGCGCUGGGCUCCUCUCAGCGGCUGGAGUUCGCCGUGGGGCUGCUGGACCUGCUCAACCCGCUCGAGCUGCGCUUCCUGGGCUCUUGCCUGGAGGAGCUGGCCCGAAAGGACUACCACUGCCUGAGGGACUCCGAGGCCAAGGCCAACGGAGGAGACGCCGCCCCGGCGGCCACCGGCAACCCCGCCGCCCAGGCGCAACAGCCGCCGCAACCCCUCACGCCGACGCCGCCUUCCCCCCCGGGCGCCGCUGCAGCCGCUGCCGCUUCCCCGCCUCCGGCCGCGCCUGCCCCGCCGCCGGGGGGCAGCGACUUCCGCGACCCGGCCGUGCGCUCCAAGCUCAUCGUGUACUUGGCGCUGCUGGGCUCCGAGAACCGAGAGGCGGCCAGCCGGCUACACCGGCUGCUGCCUCGCGUGGACGCCAUCCUGCAGAGCUGCCGGCCCGGCGGCGGCGGCGAGGAAGAGGAGGAAGCGGCGGCGGCGGGGAGAGGCGAGGAAAAGGCGUCGUCGGAAGAGGGCCUGGGUCCGGUGGCCCAGGAGGAGCUGCUGCUGCUCUUCACCAUGGCAUCCCUGCACCCCGCUUUCUCCUUCCACCAGAGGGUCACCCUCCGGGAGCACCUGGAGCGGCUGCGGAGGGCCCUUUGCCGCGACGGCGCGGAGGACGCGGGCGGGCUCACCUGCCGCGGGGGUCGGGUAAGGGCGCCGCUUUGAACGCGCGGAGCGAAAAAGAGAGAGGGAGAAACACACGUCUCUCGCAUAGCCCGCCCCCGCCUUUUGCUAAUCACCCCUCCCACGCGUCAUGAAUGGAGUCUUCCCGAGCCUCCGCCACCCCCCACCCCCCGGUGCUCUCGCCUGCUGCACAGGCGCCCGGAAGAACUUCUCCUUGUGACAUAACAGUGUCUAGAGUUAGAGGAUGAGCUGUUAGAGGCCCUCCGCGCUCCAUCCCUUCCUCAAAGUGGCCCUUUAGUGGCGGAGGAGGAAUCUGGUGGGCGGGGGGAGAGCUCAGUCCUUGGGGGUGAGCUGCAGUGUAUGUGUCUGCUGCAAUAGGUCCUCUUGUCCUCAGCAGGAUGAGCUGACCCAGUUUAUCCCUCUGCUCCUGGAAGUAAGGGAGUUUCCCAUUGCCUCACCGCUGCUUUUCCACAAAAUAUUUUGGUACAAGCUGCCGCGGAUGUGCGUUGCACAGAAAGGCAGGAUAUGGGGGGGGAUUAGUUUAAAUAAACGUUGCUGGUUAUGUGACCGUGCAACUGGUAACGGCUGUGGUUUAGAUAGACCUGGUGGCACAGAAUUAGAAGAGCAUGAAAAUCGGAAGUUGAGGCAUAUUUGCAGGAGGCUUGAGGUACUAACUCCCAUUUAGAACUUCAUUUUCUAUUUCUAAAGCAAGCCUGCUAUUUGCAUGAGGGCAUAGAAAGGCCACAACGAUGGUGCCUUUUUUUAGUUUGCAUCAACAUACAAGCAAAAGGAUUUGCAGGUGUAACUUAAAAGCCCUUGCGCAGUUGAAAUGGGAUUUCCUGUUGCCAGUGGUGAAAGAGCCAAAAUGCCUCAGCAAAUGAUGAUGGCAAUAUAUUUUCCCACAUUUGUUCUGAGCAUAUGAUACAGUGCUACAUCUAGGUCUGGGCCUCAGGGCCAAAGUCAAGGACACCACACUAAGAGGAAGGAGGCAAAAAAAAAAACCAUGCAGAGAGUGGCUUGGGAUGAAGUUUAAUGGUAAACAAGGCUGCUGUCAGUACCUGGACUGGUGUUGGGCAUGCUGGGUCUCACCAAGUUUGAUGCUAGUUGCCAUAGAAACAAUAUCCACACACACACUGGGGUGAUUACACAUACAUGGUUACAGAUGUGCAUUUAUUUUAUAUAUAAAUUAUCCUUUUCUAUUCCCAAGUAUGUUUAGCAUCAGGGCAGCAAAAGCGAACACCAUUUCUUUCCUCUUAAUUGUGUUACAGUUUAAGCAAGUUUCAGAUGUGAAACUGCAUCUGCUCGGGGUAUAUUUUUGCUAUUGUUGUUUUCUGUUAUACAUUAUGAAUGUCAAAAUAGUUAUAAUCCAUGGAAUAAGUGAGGAGGAGGAAGAUAAAUGUUAAGUGUGUUCUUCACAACUGAAGUGUGUGGCCCUGUAAAACUAUUAGUUCACUAUGCAGUUUCUGAACAUAGGACCCUACAUUUUAGUAUUUUGAGAGAAAAUAAAAUAUUUGUCUUCACUCCAUGCAUUUUUAAAUUUUUUAAAAAUAAUUAUUUCAUUGAUAUAGCAUCAUCUGUCUGUUUUCCAAAGAACAGAUGUGACAGGUUCCUAGCCCAGGGGCUUACAGGCACAUAGAAGGGGAGGGAAAUUGAGGCAGGUUAGACAGAGGAAGAAUAUGGUUCCAUUACACGUACUUUGGCUUAUAUACACAGAAGUACAUGGUGCUGUUGAUUUUGGAAUUGAACAUCUUGAGUAGCUCUAGGUUGGGGAAGGUUGCAAUGGUGGAUGAGGGGAGUGACAAUUCCAGAGAAAACAGAGGGGAAGUGGAAUUGGGGAGGUACCCUCAUGUUUGAAAUGGACUUCUCAGGCAGAACCAGAGGUUAAAUUGUGGGGUUCCUCAAGGUUCAGUUUUAUCUCCCAUACUGUUCAACAUCUACAUGAAACUGCGGAGUUGGGUUGGGUCAUCCAGAGUUUUGGAGUGCAUUAUCAGCAGUCUACUGAUGACACACAGCUCUACUGCACCUUUACAUCUUCUUUAUAGUGGAUAUGAUGGACUGGUGUCUUGCCUCAGUAAUGGACUGGAUGAGAGCCAUUACUGAAUCUUAAUCCAGAUAAGACUGAGGCACUGUUAGUGGUUCCCUAGACCAGAUGGAUGGGAGGUUGCCUGCUUUUCAUUGGGUUACAGUCCCACCAAAGGAGCGAGUACACAGGAUCUGUUAGGCUUAAGUAGUCUCAGUCCCGUGGAGUUCCUUCCAUCAGCUUUGACUGGUGGCCCAGCUGUGUCCCUGUCUGGACAGGGAUAGCCUCACUUCUGUUGUCUAUGCUCUAGUAACCUCUAGAUUAGAUUAAUGCAAUGCAUUGUAUGUGGGGCUGCCUCUGUAGGCGGUUUGGAAACUUCAUCUGUUGCAGAAUUAAGUGGCCAAUUUGCUCACCAGAGUAAGACUGAGCAUACAAUUCCAAUCCUGACCCAGCUGCACUGGCCGCCAGUUAGUUUCUGAGCCCAAUUCAGAGUGCUGGUUUUGACCUAUAAAGCCUUAAAUGGCGCAGGACCGCAAUAUCUCAAGGACUACCUCUCAUAUGAACCAACCUAGACUCUGCAAUCAUCAUCUUGAGAGGUCCGGAGGGUAGCAACAUUUCUGCGUUGGCUUCCUGCUUGUGGAAUGCUUUCACCAGGUAGACUCACCUAGCACCUUCGUUACAUAUUUUUAGGAGCCAAGCAAAUAUAUUCCUCUUCUCCCAGGCCUUUGGCUAAUUAAACAAUCUAUGGCCUUUUAAACUUGGUGAGAGGUGGACUCUUGCUUUGCUUUGUUAUGUCAGUUGGUGAAUGUGGUUUGGAGAAAUAGCCUAAAAGGCCCAAUUGGACCCCUAGCUAGAGGUUUCUCGCUCCAACUAUAGGACUUGGUUUAAAAUUUUGAAAUGACUGCUCCAAUUUAAAAUAACUUAUUUGAUAAUGCUACAUACAUUUAGAAAAGGAACAGAUUUUUAAUUAGAGACCCUAAGUUGCAUAUAUAAUGCAUUUUGCAUUAUUUUUCACAUGCAUGUUGUUUCCUGUUGUCUUUCUACUGUCAUACUUUUAUAUCACUAAAUGUAAUCAGGUUUAUAUUUAAUAUUUUUAUUUCUUUUCCUCAAUUUAGAACUUUUCUCAUAACUGCAUGGCAAGGAAUGAGAGCGGUUUACUUGAACAAAGGGCAGCACUUCAUGAUAAACAUAUGGUAGCCUCCCACAGACCACAACAAGAAGGUAUGUAGAUCAAAAUCUCAUAUUUUGAGUAGCUAACAGAUUAGCAAAGUUUUAUCCCCAUUUUAUGUCUUUUGCUCUCAGUUAGUGGUGAAGUGGAAAUGUUUCCACUGUUACGUUGUUCGAUUAAAAGCAUCCCAUUUUUGGAAAUAUGUAGCUUUUGUAAUAUCAAUUGGUAUAAUAAAAAAUGAAUCAAAGUCAAAUUGGGCAAUUGUAAUAGAGUAUCAAUCAAAUGUAAAAACCAAGUUACAAUUAACUUUCAAAAGGCUAUUCCUUAGAAACAAAUUUACGUGCACAGCUCCUCAGGUAUGCUCAAAUGCGUGUAUUUUCCGUGUCUUCCAUUUUUUCUUAAAUUGCUACUAUGGGCAAUGUGUGUUAAUAAGUUGCCAUGUAUUUGAAUAUUUAUAAACCAAUAACAUAAUUUCCACCUAAAGCUUUGAAUUUGUUUGAUUAUAACAUUUAAGGUACACUGAGUAUGCCUCCAUUGAUUCAUUUUUUUCCGAUAAUACUUUACUUUGACUGCUUUUGUAUAUUUGCUUAUGUUAUAUAAAUCAAACAGAUAUGCUACAUCACGUCUCUGGCAGUGGAAAAUAAAAAGAAUCAUUUCCCGCCCGCCCCCCAGCUUUCAUUGGUAAUUCGAGUUGAUGAAAUUCACAAACUAGGAAUAUCCAUUUUUGCUAUUGCAAAGCUUUUUAAUAGGAGCUAAUUAAGAUAGUUCUUAAGUACAGCUAAUGGAUUAGAAAUUUCUGGGAACUAACAGAGGAGGGACAGAACCCUUCGGCGGCAUCCCACUACAUUUCUGUACAGGGUGUAGAAAAGAGGGCUUUCCUCCUGGUAGUCCAGUUUAUGUAUGUGCUGCAUGCAGAGGAUGGAAAAAGAACUCAGGCCCUUUUCUACUGGCCUUAAGUCUUGCCUGUAUGUAAUUCCUUGUUUCCUGUUGCUGCUAGACUAGUGUUUAAACACAAAGUGGGAUAAGUGUGCACAUAUUUAAAAAAUAAAUAAAUGUAGUUGUGUUUGCAUCUGUUUAAGUUAAAAGGAACUGUGGUUCAAAAAUUAAUGAAGUCUGACUUUUUCUUGUCUUGGGACUAAGCCUGUGGUGUUCCUUAAGUAGGAGGAUUGUAAUGCUACAAAUAACUUAAAACACUAUUUAAAAGAGGAAUGGCUGGAUUUGGUUUUAAAGGUUCAUUGCCCCUUUUGCAGUGCAGUCCAGCCAGGUAUAUUGCAAUUUUACUUUUUUAAGUUGUAUUUAUGUUUCAAACUGUGUUUUAUGUUUUACACUGCUUAGAGGUAUUAAAAUAUUAGGUGGUUUAUAGCUGUUUAUAAAUAAAUAAAUAGUGUUCCCACGUUGUGGUAACUACCUUGCUUCUGUUCUGUCCUCUCUUCUCCUUGCUGUUCUUCAUUUCAUAAUGAGUAAGGGGAAUUGAGAGCUGUUACAUUUGAUAAAAGAUGUCCCAGUCAAUAUCUUCAUUGUGUAGGAGGACAGACGUAGUUGUCUAAAAUUGUGGAAUUGUUCUUUUUACACUAAUUCUCCAGAAAUACCUGGAACUUCUUCAAGGUUAUUGAGAGAUAACUCAUGAUUUAAUUAAUUCUAGCUUGCUGGUUUCUUGGGUUGCUGAGCUGUAGUACAGUUUGAAGUCAAACAGUGAAUUAGUGCAAAUAGGCCUUUAACAAUUCAUUUUGGCAGGUAUUGCUGUGUAGCCUAUGCAGGUAUAGUUGGAUCAGCAUACACUGGGCAACAGAGGACUAGCCCCCAUGGCAUAGUGGUACUGAUGGGUAGUAAAUUGAAGACUUUGAAAAACCAUAUAGUUAGAAGGAAGCAGUGAUGUGCUGUUUCCAAAUAUCUAAUUCCAGGUCCAGCCUUCUAGUGUUUUAGCAACAUAGGCAAGUACCUAAUACAGAGAGGUUAAAUCAUGAAAAGUACUUGUGUACUGUUGAACAUUUUUACAUUUCCAGUUCGUGUUUUUCAGCUGUUCAUAUUGAAAAGAUAAUGCUGAAAGGAGUACCAAGGAAAAGAGCUGACAAACAUCUGGAGUAUACUUUCAAAGUAAGUGAUCAAUCUGUGGGCUACAAAUACUUGCAUUGAUUGCAGUUCAGAGUUAAAAUAACGAGAUUUUGCUAUUGUAUUUCAUUACAAUGUUUGUGCACUGCCUUAAGAAGCUUGAUUGAAGGGUGGUCUAAAAAUAUAAGAAUACAUUAGAAAAGGGUUAAAAUGUCAGAUGAAUGUUCUUGCUUAAUCGAGCAACACUUACCUAUUCACUGAUUCACACAGUUUUUUAUGGCAGUUUGUUGUAUGAGUAUUGUAAUUCGUUAUGAAAACACUGUUGCCUUGUUAUAUUAAAACAGAAAUGGUUACCGUCAAAUUGAAUGUGUAGUUUGAAAUGGGCUAAUUGGGGCACCGUAAUAUAUUUUAGUAUAUGUGAAGUUGAUAUUUCCCAACUAAAAUGCUAAUUUGGAUAAAAAGAUUUAUCUCUCCUCUAUUAAUUUGGAGGAUAGAGAAAUCAUGAAUCAAGUACUAUAUAUAAAGAGUACUUGAUACAUGUUCAGUGAACUUACUGUAAUAUGUCAGGGCAAUGGUUUAGAGGUUGGAUAUUACACUAAAUGAAAUCAUGCUUGUAUCUGUCUUAUUAUCAUUAAUACCUUCUGUUUCUAAAAGUGGCUUCCCUAGCAGGCUGAUUGAACUUAGUCUGGAAGGCACCAGGAUGGGAAAGGCUACCUUGAUUACAUGGAACAUUGGUAUCAAAUCUGUCAUGGUACCCUGUAAAAGCAAUGUGUGGUUAUUUAUUACAUUUUCUUUUUCAUCAGGUAAUCUGGUCUGAUCAUUCUAUAUCCUGUGUAACAAAAACACAUCAAGAUUUACAGGAAUUUCUACUAAAAGUACGUAUUUGAAAGGGAUUGUAUUAUAUUCAAAGGUACAAAGCUAGCUUGAGAUUUAUGUAUUUGAUCUUCAAGGUGGAACUGAAAAGCUACUAUUUUACCAGUGACUUUAAAACACACACACACACGGUGAACAUGUUCAGAUGUUAUAUGCAAUUGGAGUUUGUGCUUAUUACAGAAUGUUGACAGUUUAAAUUGGUUAAAGAUAAAGGGACCCCUGACCGUUAGGUCCAGUCGCAGGAAGCAACAAUUUCAAGUUGUUAGCUGCAAGUAACUUAACAAGUAGGGACUGCUUGUUUCAGCAGUACCUACAUACAUACAUACAUAUCUAUAUCAAUACUGUCUAAUAUUAGAGUUAAUUUGGUGGGACCAUUUGAGGUCCUCUCUCUGUAAUCUCUACAUCUAAAGAGGCAGAUAUCAGAUUAGCUAAACUGCCACUUCCACGGCCGAGUGAGGAACAUUUCCAGGCAGGUUGCUCCCAUGUCCUAAACCUUUAGAGCUUUAGAGAGUUUGUCUCCAGGAGGACAUAUCUAUAUAACAGUGCUUUAGGAUUUGCAGGAAGGGAUUGUAGCAUUGGGAAUCGGCGGGCAUAGGAAUGUAAUAGAAGAGAGGAUCUCAGUAUUAGGCAUGCAGGGUGGAAGUGGAUCUUCCUAUGAUGCAGGGAUCACAAUCCUUGUGAGAGCUCUUUUUCAUGUCUGAACUAGGGACAGCAAGAUGGUGAUUGCUACAAAAUGUCUAUUGACUUACAAUCAUCACUGCAGUAUGGCUGACUUGUAUUAAGACACGAGCUCUGAUGUUCUCUUAAAAGAACCUGUCAUGUCUAUACUAUCAUUUGAAAUAAUGUCUUAAGUCAAGUGUAAUUUAAAAAUUAAUAUCUUGUUGAUGGUCAGUUUAUAGUUGGGGGAAGUAUAAUGGUGGCUGUUAAGAAGAAAAAAUAGCAAAAUGUUUUCCAGCAUCUUCAACAUGUUAAAGCUGUUUAUGGUUAUUCUAUUGUAAAAUACAUAGAAUUUUAGCCCAGACACUGAAAGGAGUUUAUUUGUCCUCAACUGCUUGGGAACUUCUAAAUACUAGAUACUGAAAGAUUUUACAAGUUGGCUUCCAAAUUAUUUAUCCCAUUUGCCAUGAAACCUGUGGAUACCAAAGUAAAAUUGACUACUGCAAAAUAGGCACAAUGUAAUAUCUUUUUUCAUGCCUGGAAGAAGUUGUAGUUCUAAUUAAAGAAGGGAUUAAGCCUUAAUUAACAUUAACCUGCUUUUAUUUCUAGUCUGAAGGGACUGGUUGUGUUUUAAAAAAACACCCCAAAAUUAAUGGUCUGUCUAUUAUUGGGAGGGGGAAGUUCAAAUGUAGUGCUAAGUAAACAUCCUAUCAGCACAAUAUUUCCUGCUUGCACAGUACCCCCCCUUGCUGUUCUAGUUUGGGGGUUCAGCUCUUCAGAGCAGAUUUGAGGAGGGUGUACGGCUGUGUAGAGAUUGGGGGGCACAUUGUAUAAGUAGGAAUCCUUGUGCUGAUGGGAUGCUUGCUUAGUGCUGCAUUGGAUAUAAGCCACUGCUGAUGGAGUGUAAAAGGAGCUGUUGCUGCCUUAUGAUGAUUUGCAUGACUACUUUGAUACAAAUUGCUGUUAUCUGCCAAUAAUUAACAUUAUCCCUCUCACCAGCUUCCAAAGGAACUUUCUUCUGAAGCAUUUGACAAUACUAUUUUAGGAGCAUUAAAUCAAGGGUUCCAGAAGCAAGAAGAAAGGCGACACCUAGACUUUGAACCCAUGAUAAGGUAAUCGUUUGAGGAAAUUAAUAUGGUGUUUACUAUAUUAAUUUGGAUGUGGUGCUCUCACCUUCCAUAUUAUGCAUGUGGUUAAUCUUUUUAAACUAGAGAUUCACAUAGGAAGACACCUGAUACCAAAUCAGAGCAUUGUUAUAUCUAGCUCAGUAUUGUUUACACUGACUGGCAGUGGCUCUUCAGGUUUUUAGACAAUCUUUUCCAAGCCAGGAAAUGGAGGAACGGAGGUGCUAGGAAUUGAAUCUGGGCCACUUUGCAUGCAAAACAUGUGCUGUAUCACUGAUCUUCACUCCUUUCCCUUAAUCUGCACCUAUGGAACUAUAGUUCUGCAACUUCAGAAUCCGAAAAACAAGGCAUUGCUGAGUCUGCAUAGCUGUAGUUAAACUGCAUAUUCAAACUGGUGUCCCCAGAAUCCUAAGAAUGCCGAGUUCGUUACUUUUGUAGAAGGAGGAAGGAAGGAGAGCAUAACUUCCAUUCCUCACUUGGAGAGAACAUUUGUGUUCCUGCAUCUUUGGAAUAUCCUCUGCAAAUAAUUUUGUUUCGCCUCUUCUGACUUUUUUGAGAGAGCGCUAAAAAUGUUUAUAUCCUGUUAGGCCUUUGACCUAUUCUAAAUACUGGUUUUUAGGGUUCUGAAUUGCAUUUUUUACUUCAUUGAUUGUAAUUUUAAGCUGCCCUGGGAGAUCUGGCUCUUAAAGGCAGAACAGAACAAUAAAUUUGUAGAGUGCCAAUAUGAAUGAAAUCCAGUGCUAUUAGUUCUUAUGUGCAUUGCUGACCAUAAGAGUACAGGACCUAUUCAAGUGUUGCAUCCAACACAUAAGAUAUGGACAUGAGAAUUACUAUGCAUUCUACUGAGCCACCACUCUUGUUUCUGACUUUUUAAGUAGUUCUUACCUACUUGCUUUAUCAUUUUACCCUGUUGGGCAGGAGAAGCAUGGUUAGUAACUGGGUAUGAGCCUUUCUUCCUAUCACAUAAGACCUUAGCAACGCAAACUGGCCAAGUUGCAUAGGUACAUCAUCUGUCUUGUACCAGACACCUGAAAUAAACUGUUAGAAAUGGGUAGAAUCGUAUUCUUAAAUUCGGUUUUUAAAUCACAAAUGUUAACAGAUAAAAGCAAGGGAGCAAUCAGAAUAAUAUAUGUCCUCUCAGCCCCUCAUUUUUCCCUGGGGGGGCUAGUUCACAUUCCAAUUCUGGGUAUUUGGUUUGGGUUUAAAUAAAAGCUAAGUUGAAUGAAUGAAAAAGUAAUAUAUAGGUUAAGUUAACCUUGAUUGGAUUGUCUACUUUCUAUUUAUUUUUAGGCAGCUGUUUUCAACAACAUCUCAAGCUUUUCUGCAGAAUCAAAGAGUAAACAGCUUCUUUCAAUCUCUGUCCUCGGAGUCUUUGCACGUGCACAGUAAGAAAUUUCUAAACACACUUCUGAUUGAUUUACAGAUUAAUACAAAGUGUUUGUAUCAGAUAAGCUUACACACUUAUAUUUAAGAUACACUUACAUUGACUUCAGUAGGAUUAAUAGAUGCAACUGAGACAGUGUGCAGUCUCAGACUGGUGUAUCAAGAUUUGAUAAUAGCCACUAAAUUUUGAAUGCUACAGUCUGUCCGCCCCCUGCCCCUUUUAACUUUUGAGGUCCAGACAUACACUCAGUAGAAAGCUAUAAACUCUCCUAAGCCUUUAAACAUUGUAAAACUGAUGUCAUCUGAUUCCAGGCUCCAGAAAUGCCAUCACGUACUUUAUCAACAUUGUCGACUGAUCCUAUCUAUUGCGUUCUUAGAAUUUCUUACUAGAGUUCUGGCUUUCAGAUAAUAACCCCUGGAAAACACUAUUUCCAAGUAUGCUGAAAAUUGUAUAACUUUUGUACAGUGGACUUCUCAUUUAAGGCAGCCAGCUGUAAGGGUUCAGAAGAACAAAAUAAUGCUAGCCUUUAAACAGGUUCAUUGUUGCAUUUUUAAUUUAAAAUCUUAAGUAGAUGUACUGCUGCUGGGUGAUAGAUUUACAAGAAUUUGGUAUUAUUAUUAUUAUUAUUAUUAUUAUUAUUAAGUAGCUUUUUUGCCAGUGCAACCCAAAGCGACUUAAAACAAAUAACACACAUUAUAACCAUCACAGAAAAAUCUAAAAGACAUUUUGUGUAUUUAAGGGGCAGAAUUAAAACAUCCAACUCAAUAAAGGAAGCUGCAGAUAGUUAAAAGCCAAAGGGUUGGUAGAAAAGAACUGUUUUUGCGUGGUACCUCACAAUAUGUAAUGAUGGCACCAGGCAAACUUCCCAGGGGAGCCACUCCUGAAAAGGCCAUUCUCAGGUUGCCAUCCUCUUGACCACUUGUGGAGGGAGCUCAUGGAGAAGGGCCUUUGUAUGUUAUUUAGCAUGCUCUUUCGAGUAUAGAUCCAUUUCUCCCCAAAAAAUGAAUGGAUGGUUGGCAUAAGCUAUCUAAUGAUAUACUGUAUCUUGAAAGCUGGCCAGUAAAAAAGAAGAUAUGAAAUUUAAUGAAGACUGAAAACAGAUGCCAUAAGCAGAGCCAUCCUGUCAGGUCCUUAGCAGUUUUAGAGAUUAGCAUAUUAAGAACAGAUAAUCAGCUAAAAUUAUCAAUUUACUGUUUUACAAUAAAAUUAACUUGCUGCAGUAUUGGCAGACAAGGACUUCUAAACCAAGAGGAGGAGAGUGUAUGUGUGAGAGGCUUUGAAUACAUAAUUUUAUCCCUCACACCAAACCAGUACAGGAGUUCUCUAAAUGUUCCUAAUGUUAGACUGGUUAAGCUGCCAUGGAGUCUUGAAGCAAAUUAAUGCAAGUAGCUGCAAGGUAUACUCCCCAUAACUGCAAAUUUUCUACAGCCCUUUGUAAAACUAGGUAGCUGUUAAAAUUAACCUUUUGAGUAAUACCUUUUGAAGUUGUUCAAUGAUGCUUACCUUCCAGAUAAUCUCCAAUCUUCUCUGAAGACAUCUAAGCUACCGGAACAUUUCAAGGAGGACAGCUCAGAAGCUUCAAGUCAGGAGGAAGGUAAGCAUGCAGUUCAAAAUGAACUUGCAGUUCAUUAUCCUGCCCCCACUUACUCCUACUAUAGUAGUAUUUUUGCUCUUGUGAAAAUGCAGAGGGCCAAGGAUGAAAUUUUAUUAUUUAUACCCCACCCAUUUGACUGGGUUGCCCCAGCCACUCUGGUUAAUUAAAAUGAACUUGAUCAAUAAUGUUUUUACUAUUCUUUCCUAUCCAGAAAUGAUACAGCACACAGUGAUUCACAAGAAACAUAAUGGGAAAUGUCCUAUUACGAAGUAGGUCCUUGUUAUUUUCUCACUUAAACUAAUCCAUUUGAUGCUUGGUUUUUUUGAGGGGAGAAAUAUCUGUCAUAUUAUUGUUAAGAAAUUGCUAGGGAACCUCUUGUGGCAAACUGUAAAUCUUAUGUUUAGUAUUAGGAAAACUUUGCUACGGUACAGUUUUCUUUCUACAUAUAAUUCAAGGAAACAGCAUCUGUGAAGACAAAGGCUAAAUCAUGUACCAUGGGAAGGGAGACAAACCAGUUAAGCCAACCCACCCACCCCCUUUUUUAUUAUUCACUGCUGCCACCAAGUGGAUAUCUUUAUUUUCCCUUACUGCCUUCCACAGAGAAAUCCUUUAGAGUUUUGGACUUUAAUUCAACCAGCCUACUCCCAACACUGGAUAGAGUGGCAAACCAUUUGGUUGUGGGGUGAAUAACAAGGUUUUAGAUGAAGUUUUUCAAAAACAAACUGUACUUUCCCUUAAGAUUUUUGUAAGCCAUGGACAAAAAACCAUAUAUUUACAGUUUGAGUAAGUAACAGAAAUAAAUGCAUCCAGCUUAUACCUGCUCUGGGUUGUUUUCCUAACUAAGCCAAUACUUUAAUAGUUUGAAUCCUUUGAUUCAGUUCUGGGCCGUAUUGUUCUCUUCUUCAUAUUCUUUUUUGCUGCAGUGCUCAACUUUCAACAGGUUAAUGAGCAACACACUUUUUAAAUAUUUACAAUAUUACAAUAAAUUAAUAUUUACAAUAAUUACAAUAAAAUAGUUUGUGCAUAUUAUUAUUAUAAAAAUGAGAAAUGUUUGUGUCAACAUGAAUAGUGUUGUGAAAGUAAUCAUAUUUACAGGGUUGUAAAUUACUCCAUACUUUCAAAUUCUAUAACAUAACCGGUUCCACUUUUCCAUAAAUAUGCUACCAUCCUGUCUUCCUUACCUUAUUUUGACGUCCAAAACUUUCAAUAACUGUUGAAAGUUGUUGACCCUUCCUUCUUUUCCUUGUUAUACCUAAUACACAUCCUUGCAGCUUUCAGAAGAUAAUAAUUUCUCUGGCUUCCUAGAAAUCCCCUCUAAUAAUUUGUAUUAAGGUUUUCAGUGGUGCAAUACAAUAUAAAAAGAAAAACAUAUAAAAUAAGACAACAAAUAGCAGGCAGAGGAUUAAGUAUCUCAGUUUUAAAAGGCUCAGACAUACCAGUGCUAAUAAUAAUAAUUUUUUAUUUAUACCCCGCCCUCCCCAGCCAAGGCCAGGCUCAGAGCAGCUUACAAGCAAUAAUAAAAACAAGUUGAAUGAUUACAACUUAAAAACAAAAUUAAAAUACAACAUUAAAAUAUUGAAACAUUAAAAUAUUAAAAUGUAGCCUCAUCGCAGGAGGAGAAGGAAAGAAAAAAAAAAGAGAGGGAGGGAAUCAAAUUGGCUCCAAGCCAAAAGCCAGGCGGAACAACUCUGUCUUAUAGGCCCUGCAGAAAGAAAUCAGAUCCCGCAGGGCCCUGGUCUCAGGAGGCAGAGCGUUCCACCAGGCCGGAGCCAGAGUUGAAAAGGCCCUGGCUCUGGUUGAAGCCAAUCUAACUUCCUUAGGGCCCGGGACCACUAGGGUGUUGCUAUUUAUGGACCUUGAGGCUCUCCGUGGGGCAUACCGGGAGAGGCGGUCCCAUAGGUACAAGGGUCCUAGGCCAUGAAGGGCUUUAAAGGUCAAAAGCAGCACCUUAAAUCUGACCCUGUACUCUACUGGGAGCCAGUGCAGUUUGAAAAGCACUGGGUGAAUAUGCUCCCAUGGCAGAGACCCCGUGAGGAGCCUCGCUGCAGCAUUCUGCACCCUCUGGAGUUUCUGGGUCAGCUUCAAGGGCAGCCCCGCGUAGAGUGAAUUAGAGUAGUCAAGCCUGGAGAUGACCGUCACAUGGAUCACUGUGGCCAGGUCGGGACGGGAAAGGUAAGGGACCAACUGCUUGAUGCGGCGAAGGUGGAAAAAUGUCGCCUUGGCUGUUGCUGUAACUUGCGCCUCCAUGGAAAGGGAGGCGUCAAGGAUUACACCCAAACUCUUAACGGAAGGCAAUGGCACUAAUUGGGCCCCCGCAACAGAAGGGAGUUGGUCUCUCAUCCCCAUGCUAUCCCGACCCAGCCAUAGGACCUCUGUCUUCGAAGGAUUUAGUUUCAAUCGGCUCCCAUGAAACCAUCCAGCCACAGCUUCCAAGGUCAGUGUGUUCGGGGCCGAGUCGGUGUGGCCAUCCAUCAGCAGAUAGAACUGAGUGUCAUCAGCAUAUUGGUGACAGCCCAGCCCAAAGCUCCGGAUAAUCUGGGCAAGGGGACGCAUAAAUAUGUUAAAAAGCACCGGGGAGAGAAUUGCGCCCUGCGGCACUCCACACACCAAGGGAUGGCGCGACGACAUUUCCCUCCCUAGUGCCACCCUCUGUCCCCGACCAGAGAUAAAAGAGCAUAGCCAGUUACGGGCUAUGCCCUGUAUCCCCACGCCUGCGAGGCGGUGGUCCAGAAGAUCAUGAUCGACCAUGUCAAAGGCUGCUGACAAAUCUAAAAGGAUCAGCAGUCCUGACCCGCCUCGAUCCAGUUGUCUACGGAGAUCAUCUGUUAGGGCAACCAGAGCCGUCUCGGUCCCAAAACCAGGACGGAAACCGGACUGAAAUGGAUCUAAGGCUGGGUCACUUUAAGAUGCGUGUUAGACAGUUAGAUGAUCUGCAUCCCAUCUUCCAGGCAAGGUACUGCCCAGAAGCCACCAGUUGACUCGCCACAAUUUUAAAGGAGGUGAAAUCAGUGAAUUAACAAAUGCAGUUGCUACUUUGUCCCAAGUGUGCAGAUUAGUGUUUAUCUACAGAAAUCUGGUCUCUGAAAUUUAGUAAAAAGAACUAGCCUUGUGGGUUGUGCAUGGGUGGACAUUUUCCUGUAUGAAUUGAAAUGUUAGAGGUACUUUCAGUGACAUAAACUCAUGUAUUUCUUAUAACAGCACAGUUAAUACUAAAUGUUCUUCACUGGAUGGCUUCAACAUAAAUUCUGAGCAUAACGGUGUGGCAGACUGGAGAAGAAAAGGCUGUGCUGUUCAGCAGCAUCCAGAGCAUUGCACAUUACUUGAUCAGGUAUUUAUUUGAUGUUUCUUAAAAGCACAUAUUUCUUAAGUGGCAGCAGAACCCCAUUGAAUUCACAUGUUUUAUUUUUAAUGAAACCUCUCUGGAGUGACAGUUAGUACUGGUGAUGAAUUACACCACUUUUCACAAACCUCUUACUCCCCAUAGGCUGAGUGGCAGGUGCCAGCAGUAGCAUUUCAAAGGGAUGGAAAGAGUAGAGCAGUGGGCAGGGUGGGGCAAGCUACAGAGAGCAGAAACAUGACCCAGAGGCUUUUGCAUAAUUUGCAAGGUUCAUGGAAGGGAACGUGCCAGUUCAUAAAUACCAUGUGUGCAUUUAAAAAAAAAAACAACUUAGGUAAUGCUCUUCCUCAUCUGAAUGUGGGUGAAAAGCAAAAAGAGCUGAAACCACUAUCUAUAGUCUUCUGCUUUUGAAUUGAAUUGUGCCACUCCCUGGGUCACUUUAAGAUGAGUGUUAGACAGUUAGAUGAUCUGCAUCCCAUCUUCCAGGCAAGGUACUGCCCAGAAGCCACCAGUUGACUCGCCACAAUUUUAAGCAGUGAAAGCCUUGUAUGUCAUUCCCAUUUCUAAGCAAUGGAAAUGCUGCAUGUUUAAGCUUCGAUAGGACUUUCAAAGAGGAAAUCAUACGCAAAUAUUUAUUUGACUCAGUUAAGACAGAGAGGUUCCUUGAGUGUGCUGGAACACCAGCAGAGCAUAAGCAUAGAAAAUUGUGAGAACUUGUACAUCUCAUUCCAAAUGAUGAGCUGUUACGUGGGAGGAAAAUAACUUUGUGUCAACAUUGUUCCUUUGGUCUAAGUGCAGUUGUAGCAUUUGUCGGUCUCUGAAGUGGGAGGCUUUUGAUCUGCUAUUUCGUUCUCCAGUAUACAGGGGAGAAGAGGAUUUUGCCUGUAAUGAGCAAGAAGAAAGGAAAGCUUCAACCGGAAAAGUAAGUACUACACAUUAAAAAGAAACAGAAUAUUGCUUAUGCAUUUAUCAAAAUAUAGCCAUUAAGUAUAGCAUUCAAAUUUAUUGGCUUCUGUUAGAGGAAAGCUGAUCUUUUUCAGAAUUUGCUAUGAGUUUUUUUGUUGUUGUUUACUAUGAGUGGUAAACAGAGUACAAACCAUGGCUUCCGCUUGCAGGUUUGUUGGGAGAGAAACAGAUCACGAUCACUGGUGUUCACACACAUUUAGCCAAGUUUAUGGUGUGUUUCUUCCAACUCCAGGCAAGGUAGAAUAAAUUAGCAGCAAUUGAGCAGCAUGCAAUAGCACGAUGCUCAUUCACAGUACGUCAUUGAUUGUUUCUUAGGUCACAUCCACACCAUAUAUUUAAAGCACAUUUAUACCACUUCAACAGUCAUGGUUUACCCCAAAGAAUCCUGGGGAUUGUAAUACACCCCUCUCAACUGCUUCUCGCUUCUUCAACAAACUGCAGUGCCUAAGGUUCUUUGUGUAUGGUGUGUAUGUGACCUUACGGUGGCUUAUCAUGAUAUGCACACAAGGUCUUUCAUGCAGAUGUUGACUUACUAUCUAAUAGCCUAAUCAGAGAUUUGCCUAGACAUACAAAAUACAAUUUGUUAAUAUAAUGCAAUGUAUUAACAUAUAUUAAUAUAUGCAUGUGUACCAGUAACUACGGUCAUGUUAAACCAAAAGUUUAAAAACUUUUGAGUUUUGUAUAGCGCAAUCCAUAUCCUUGAAUAAUUUUGAAGUUGAAUUGAAAAUACUAACCUCGAGGUCCUAUGAGAGACUUUAUGACCACUUAUUUUGAAAAAUGAACUAUGUUUGUAUUCUCACACAGAGAUAAAAUAAAGAGAACUGACACCAGGUUUACCAUCAGAACUAGCUGUAUGAGAGUCGCCGAUGCUCACCUCCACCCAGGAACAGUAAAAGGUAGGAAAUGUGAUUGGAGACUUUUCAAGUUCAUUGGAGGAGCUUCUCUGUCAGCUAUGGGCAGGGCCAGGGACAAAAGCUGGUGGAGCAGUGGAUGUGGCUCUUACCUUUGUACAGUAGUCUACAUUCCAGAGGUUUCUAUACACGCAUAUCUCUCGAGCCAGGAAAUCAAGCAACAGCAUCACAGUAAAGGAGUACACUCGGAAGAGUGCAUAGCAUGGACAUUGAGGGUUGUGACCUGGGAGAGGAGAGUCUCAAGUGCUAGACACAGGCCUUGAGGAUCAUGAUUUGCUACUGGGCCUGAGGCUCCCCACUCAAGUCUUAAAUUGUUUGAUUUAUACAUUAAUCCAUUUAUGCAUACUGCAUACGGAUGAUUGUAUGGCAAGAUGAGCUGAUAGGGCAGGAAAAUAUUAAGAUUCUCUUAAAAUUGCCAGAAGUCUUCUUCAUGGUCUUUCCCAUUGUUAGUUCUGUGUAUGGAUACUGCACUUACACAGAGUCAAUUCUGGAAUCAUUCUAGAACUUUAACUAGGCUUGUGCCCCACUACUUGAGAGAACAUCUUAUACUGUCUGUGGAACUUGAAGGGUAAAAUGAGUCCUCCCAUUUCUCUGAUCACUGUGAAUGCUCUUUUCGACUGUUCUUCACUUUUAUUAAAUUAGAGAAGCUUUUUCCCUUUAUUCUAGCUAAGAGAUAGAACUCAUUUUUCUUUCAAUCUGUGGUUUAAUCUAGUUGUCCCGCGUGUCUAUGGCACAAUUGGGAGUGUGGUGUUCAAAAGGUGCUGUGGCUAUCAAGGUGUUAGUAGAGAGUACCCAUUCUGGAUGGGAACCACCAGUGCUUUGGUUUGUGUCAGUGAAUGGCAUGUGGUAGGCUGUUCCCUAUGCUAACAGAUAAAAAUGAUCCUGACAUGGUCACUCUUCCACUUUAGAUACUGCCGUGGGGAAAUGGCUGCAAGUACUGUAAAGGAACUGUGUUUCAUCUCUCCCCCAUCCCCAACUCGAGUCACCUGACUCCAAGGUGAUACUUGAAUACAUGGCACCUGUGUAAGGUCUAGAUGAAGAUCUGAAAUGGCAAACUGCUUCUUUUGAUCCUCUUAAUAAGAGUCCCAAAAGCAGGCAUCCCCAAACCCGGCCCUCCAGAUGUUUUGAGACUACAACUCCCAUCAUCCCUAGCUAACAGGACCAAUGGUCAGGGAUGAUGGGAAUUGUCCCAAAACAUCUGGCAGGCUGAGUUUGGGGGUGCCUGCCCAAAAGGAUAAUGUGGCCAUGUCAAGUUACUGCAUUGAUCCUCCUCUACCAGCUUUCUCUUCUUCCAAUCUAAUUGAGUAGAUUCACUGACAAGACUUGGUUCCUAGUCUGUAGUCUUAGUGUCCUCCGAGCAGAAAUUGAUUUCUGCCCCAGUAAUUGUUUCAUCAAAGCCCAGCCUUCCAGAACUGAUCCUUGAUAAAAUCUGCUGCAUCUCCUUAGAACACACACUCCUGGAUGCAGUGUUGGAUCAGAUGUUCAGGUCAUGCAGUCCUCCUUGUGCAUAGUGUUUCUUUUUAGACAGAUGUUCUUGAAGAUUGCCUUCACUUUUGUAUUUUGUCCUACCAUUGAGACCAUAAAUCCCAAGAGCACAGAAAAAACUGAAAUCACACUUGCUUGAGAAGCCAACCAUCUUACUUUCCCACAUAUAAAACUGUUGAUGCUUCAAAACCCUAAAUGGUAGCCAUAUAUUGGUACCAUAGUGCGAUCUACAACUGGAACCAGUACUUAUGCAUGCUGCUUCCAACUCUGCGCUGAGAAUUAAAUAUUUGGUACCACAAGCCUUUCUAAUGUGGAGCCAGCAUACUCUGUGAGAUUCACUUGUUACAAGCAUGCACUUGUUACAAUUAACCAUUUCCUUCCUUUCCCACUUAACUCACUAAGAAAUAUCUGUAGCAGAGGAGCUAUGGAAUAUUCUUUUUAAUUUUUCCAAAACUAAGAGUAUGGAUCUAGUUUGAAUGUUCAUUAAUGAUUUGGGGUCUCGAUACCCCUUUUCUUCUCAAGUGACUAGAUAGGUAUGGGGAAAGCACUUCUAUGUUUUCUCUUUAUUGAGUAUCUACAUGAAAUUAUUGAUCUUACUGAUAUUCAGAAAUCUGAAAUUCUGCUGAGCCAGUUGGAACAGUUGCCUCUGUGGCAUCCUGGAGCAAAAGGAGGAUCAGUCUUGAUAUGCACUCAGAAAACAAGCAAUAAAACUCCACUUAGAAUCAUAGAAUCAUAGAGUUGGAAGAGACCACAAGGGCCAUCGAGUCCAACCCCCUGCCAAGCAGGAAACACCAUCAGAGCACUCCUGACAUGUGGUUGUCAAGCCUCUGCUUAAAGACCUCCAAAGAAGGAGACUCCACCACACUCCUUGGCAGCAAAUUCCACUGUCGAACAGCUCUUACUGUCAGGAAGUUCUUCCUAAUGUUUAGGUGGAAUCUUCUUUCUUGUAGUUUGGAUACUUGAUACAGCAGUUCCAUCAUCUUCCUCUCUGAUUCUGUUCAGUGGAAUAGGUUCAGCCAUAGUGACCACUUCCUUGGUCCCAACAUCUCCAGAUUUUCAGUGACAACAUUCUUACCAUAUUUGGCACUAAUUCAUUCUUCUCCAAUGCCAAAACCUCUGGAUGGAGCAGGGCACGUAUUUUUUUCCUAGUGACAAUUUUAUAUCUGCUAGUCUGCCCAGUAAACUCUGCAUCCUCUGUAUCUGUACGCAAUCUGACUUAGCCCUUGCCUUUCAAAAAAGAUCUCCAACUUAAAUUUGUCGCAGGUUUUGAUUGGUUAACUUUUCUGUUUGCAGGAAAGUCUUGCAUAUCUGUGAAUCACUCUGGUCUUCCCCCCUUUGUAAGAGUCAUAGUUCUGGAAGGAUAUCUGUUUUAUUUGUUACGUCACUCUUAAGAUGUCUGUGAUUCCAACCAACCUCCAAUUCUCUUGAUGGCUAGCUACCAAGUAAUAGAUUCUGCCUAGACUUGGGCAUUAUAGUAUCUGGAGAAUGGCUAUAGUGUGUGUGUGUGUGUGUGUGUGUGUGUGUGUGUGUGUUGGAUAGAAAUACCUCUUUAAUGCCGCUGCAUACUUGCAAAAGCUGAUGUAGCAUUUGACAGAGCAUGUUUUUCAUAGCCUGUUUUUGGACCUAAAGCCACCUGCAUCCUCUUACAGGGGUCAGCAAGCCAGUUGUGUUCUUCAGGUUGCCAUAGGUACAGCUUAAGACACAUGCAUAUGAUAAGGUCCUCUAAAGAGGAGGAAACGUAAGUGUUAGCAACCUGGCCUAAAGUUGUAGAAUAUUCCCAGAGUUGGCCCUGCAUUGGUGCAGAACCCUGCUUGGAACUGCCCAGAUAAUUACUAAAACAAUGGCAAUCCCAUGUAUAGAUAGGACAGGAUGUAUCGUGGGAAUGCUCAGGAUUAUUAUUAUUAUUAUUAUUUAUUUUGCAAAGUUGAAUUGGUCAUGUAUUUCUUCCAAAAUUACAUGAGCUAGAAUUCAAAUAAUUGAACACCAGCCCUCUGUUGCUUACUUUUGAAUCAGAGGACUUUGAGCAGCACUCUUACAUGGUGGGAAGAUUAACUGUUCAAAUAGAGGAAGUAAAAAGCUCCCACUGUUCAUGCCCAUGGCCAUUGUGUCUAAAGUAGCUCUUUGAAAUUCAGCCAUAGAUUCUGGUAUAUCAUGGCAGUGGCAUUGUGCGGUUGUGUAAAGGUUCUUGUCUUUUACUAUUGGAUAACAAACAAAAGAUCCUUACUAUGGACUUGACUUCAGGGAGCUAUUGACUAGGUAGCAGGUGAACGUUGCAGAAAAUGGCAAGUUAAUAUGCAUAUUAAUUAACUGACCAUGUCUAGUGGUAACCUUUGCUGAAAUGAAAUCUCUUCUAGAUUCAAAUUUAGACAUUACAAUGGGACAUGACACAUGUGGAGAAACCUCUUCAGAGAGUUACAGUUCUCCUUCUAGUCCACGGCAUGAUGGAAGGGAAAGCUUUGAAAGUGAAGACGAAAAAGACAGAGGUUGUAUAUCUGUACUUUUAAAAUAAUAAGAGUAUAUAUAUAAUUCCUUUAGUGUGCUUCUCCUUUCAUUUGGAUUGGUGUGCCUAGGUCAAGGACACCAGAAAUAGCCUUAUCAGCUCCACUGAUAACUAGGUAUUACCGUAUUUUUCGUUCUAUAACACGCACCUGACCAUAACACGCACAUCGUUUUUAGAGGAGGAAAACAAGGGGGGGGAAUUCUGAAUGAAACAGUGGAUGUAUCAUUUUUGUGCUUCAUGCUGUGGCCACAGACAUGUGAUCUGAUGGUGAAUUUGGGGUGACCCAAUGCAAAGAUCCUGAGGAUCCAUGUGGAUCCAUGCUUUGUAACCACGUUUUUGCACCAUUGCAGCCCCAGGCAAACAGUGGGUGUGUGAUUUUUUGGGGGUAGGCUGUAGCCAUGGACAUGCUAUGUGAUCUGAUGGUGAAUUUGGGGUGACGCAAUGCAAAGAUCCUGAGGAUCCAUGUGGAUCCAUGCUUUUUAACCACGUUUUUGCACCAUUGCAGCCCCAGGCAACAGUGGGUGCAUGAUUUUUGGGGGGCAGGCUGUAGCCAUGGACAUGCUAUGUGAUCUGAUGGUGAAUUUGGGGUGACCCAAUGCAAAGAUCCUGAGGAUCCAUGUGGAUCCAUGCUUUGUAACCACAUUUUAAGUGGGGAGGGAAGGAAAAACACAGAAGGGACAAGGAGCACGAGAGGGGUGUGCAGAGAAGCAGCUGGCUAAGAAUGCAGGAGAGGGGUUUAACGGGUUAGGAAGGAAAGGAAGGCAAAAGUUUCCCCCCACCCACCCAAGCCAGCCAGCUCUCUCUCUCCCACUCUCCCACCUGCAUGUUUUCCGGCUGCCUGGAGUACGGAGAGGAAUUAGAAGGAAGGACGCUCUGCUUUCCCCUCUGCUUGCCUGGAGGGGAGAGGCUUUCCCUGUUCUUUGUUCCGUUUGAGCAAACACAGCAACGAAACAGAGGAGGGUGGGCAGUAAGACCCUGAGGCAGAAUACAGGAAAGCAGCAGCUUCCUUUUUUCAGGUUUCCCUUCUCCGAGACGCGCGAUUUGAUUUUUGCCUGGUUUUUGCCUCCACUCGUGCCAGUUGGCUCCAGGGACCACACAUUCGCUCAAUAACACGCACAGACAUUUCCCCUUCCUUUUUAGGAGAAAAAAUCUGCGUGUUAUAGAGAGAAAAAUACGGUAUAUUCUACAUUCUAACUGAAGUUUUAAAAUCUGGAUUCCUCUGCACAGAGGGGGACAGCCUUCCUCUUAGAUUUUUUCUCCCUCCCUGUUUGGGAGCACUUGUCUAACUAAACCAUAAAUGUAUUUGUGAAAACUGCAGGACAUCUUUGCAAAGGUUCAGAACAUCAUACCACAAUGUAACCUGCACCUAAUCUUGUGAAAUAACUUCUUUUUCAUACCUCUGUGACUAUGUUCAGAUUGGCUUUAAAUGCCUCUUCUGAACCCAUGGAUGAAGAGGUGACUAUUCUGCACAUCCAUUCUAUCUGCCUCAUAUACUAACAAAUCUCUACUCUCUAUUAGUGUCAUCGACAACUCUUGCUUUAUAUUGGUCAUUAAAAAUAGACUUAAUUUAAGCAGAAUCGUAGAGUUGGAAGUGGCCCCAAGGGCCAUCUAGUCCAACCCCCUGCAAUGCAGUAAUCUUUGCCUGUAUGUAUUGUGGGUUCCUGAGAGAAAAGGCUUGAAAAGAAAUAUAGGCUUAGUCAGAGCUGGGCUUCAAGCUUUACUCAAGCCCCACAAAAUCUGAAUUGCCUUAUCUGUUCUUGAAUUGAUGUAAUUUUCCAAACUUGCACAUUAUGUAUUACAACCUUAAAUAUAUAAUUUGCUUUUCAAAAUCACUUAAACUCACUGACUUUAUUUUCAGUCAUUUAAAAUGUUUUUACAUAACUACUUUCCCACUUUAGUAAUGUAACUGAGAAAAUAAUGUAUUUAAUAGAAUUGUAGAAUUGGAAUGGAGCCUGCAGAUCAUUUAGUCCAAUACCCUGCUAUUCAGGAAUACAUAGCUGUCCCAUAUAGGGAUCAAACCUGCAACCUUGGCAUUAUCAGCACCAUGCUCUAACCAACAUGUAUUUCUUGGGUUGUAUUCAGUAUAGUGCUAAGUACCUCAUUGUGUGAGCGGAACAACUUCCCUUGUACAACAGGACUUCUCCCUCCUCCAUGUGCCCCCUAAAUCUGUUCUGGACAGAUUUUGGAGUGGUGUGAUGGAGGAUAGGAAUAAACCAGUAAACAAGAGGAAGUCAUUCUGCUCAUACAGUUAUUUAGCUUAAUACCACUUGAUGUGUCUAUUCAAGAUACUCAAAUUUUAUUAACAAAUGCCAUGACUGUUUCACAGAUAAAAGGACUACCCACUUCUCAUUAACAUAAACUAAAUAAGAGAUACUGCUUUCACAGUGCAGUUGAAUAAUUGUGAGCAUAAGUGCCUUUCCAGGGCAAGCGUAUUUUUAAAGGUGCUCAAAUGAUGACAUAAUAUGCCAUACGGUGAUUUUUGUAGCUUUCAAUUGUGGUACAAAGUUGGAUGCUUCCUGUGAGCAAGAAAUGGGAAACUGAAAAAUGGCAAGGUGCAAUCAUCACUAUAAAUGGCAACUUUAAUCUACCUGUCUGUCUCUCCCCCCCCCCCAAAAAAAUAUUGUAUUAUUAGUCCUUUUAAAGCUAUUUGAAGUGACUAGGUCUGGAAAAUAUUUCUUAUAGAACCCUUAAUGUUUAAGUGCUUAAUUAUACCCUGUUUCCCCGCAGACACAGAUAGCAAUUCUGAAGAUUCUGGGAACCAAAAUGUGAUGAGAUUUGCUGGUUAUGGUGCUACGGACCUCAAUAAGUCACCUGCACAGAUUUCGGUGAGAUCAGACAAUGGAAAUAUCGUAGAGGAUCCUUUGAAUCCACAGUUUCAGCACAUUUCCUUUAUACCUGCCCUGCACUACGUGGUGCACAAUGGUGCACAGAAGCCUGAGACUGUAGUCCCACCACCCAUAUCUGCUGAUGGGAAAACUUUGGGAAUGGUGGUCACAAAUGCAGCUCCUGUUGGAAUGGGCUCCGCUGGUGAAUCUGAGAAACAUGUUGAACUUCUGUCUUCGCCUUUGUCUACCACUUUCCUCCCGCCCGCAGUCCAGUCUGGUAGCCCUGCAUUGCAUCUAGCAAUACACAGAAUGAAGAUACCUUCGCCGCAGGCGCCGUCUGAAAAUUGUGCAGUUAGUGGACCACAGCAACAAACUGGAAACUUAAGUAUUGGAUCACCAAACACUGCCUUUAUCCCAGUCCACAACCCAGGUAACUUCCACGGACCCACAGUUCCUACUACAGACCCAAUCUCAAAACCUUCACCCCAUGUGAUGGGCUUAAAUCAAAUGGUGCCUCACGUUGAGGGGAACGCAGGAGUGAUCCCUCAACCUCCCAGUCUAAAAGUAGUUGUUCCUGCAGCUGGCCUCUCCACAGCACUUCCACCAGCUCCGUUUCCUGUUCCAGUGACUCUUCAUGCUACCAGUGUGUUGCCCAAUCAGAGUACGACUGUGCUGAACACUGUGGCAUCAACACCACCACCACCUCCCUCAUCUGGUCUGUGCGCUAGUCAGGUCCAGCCUACUGUUCCUCCUGCAAUUCCUACCCACACGCCAGGUCCUGCACCCAGUCCGAGCCCUGCUUUAACCCACAGCACCGCCCAGAGUGACAGCACAUCCUACAUUAGCGCUGUUGGAAACACUAACGCCAGUGGGACUCUCUUGUCUCCACCGCAGUUGGGGUCUGGGCCUUGCGGGCCGUGUGGGUCUUGUGGUCGCAGAUGCAGCUGUGGGACCAACGGAAGUCUUCAGAUUAACAGUUACAUUUAUACCAAUCCUCUUCACGGACAGUUCUACCGAGUUCCAUCUUUCAUCCCUCUGCCAUCACUUUGCAGUGGUAGCUACCUCAACCAACCGCAUCAAACCAAUGGAGCACAGAUUCCUUUUUUCGUGCCUCGGGCCUCAUAUGCAAACGGGCAUCUGAUGCAUGACCCCGUAAUGGGGAGCCAAACCAACUACAGUAUGCAGCAAAUGGCAGGCUAUGGGAGGUUGUUCCCUGUGUACCAAGCUUCAAAUGUAGUUGCCAAUACUAAUGGAUCAGGGCCCAAGAAGAAUGGGAAUGUGUCCUGUUAUAAUUGUGGUGUUAGUGGGCACUAUGCACAGGACUGUAAGCAGUCAUCUUUGGAGGCCAGUCAACAAGGUAAUCCUAACUCCCAACACGGUUGCUUCUGAAUUCACUUAGCUUCUAUUCUUGACCCUGCUGCUCCCAUCCUGCUAUCUGUGGGUUGUAUGACACUUUGUGUGCGUGUGUGUGCGUGUGCAUGCAUGAUUGUCAGUAAUGUCAUCUAAGAGCUUGUAAUUGGGCCCAAAUAAGUUACUUCGUCAUAAUGGCAUUCACAGAUAACCAAGCAAAAAAAUGGGUCACACGGCACCAGUAAGGGAAUAGCAAAUGAAACUCGCAGUGCACUUCCCUGGUUUAUUAGAUUUUUGCACUGCUAAAAUGUGACUCUGUAUCUCUUUAGUAGCACGUCCCAAAGCAGUUACAAAACAAAACAUGGUUUUGGUAAUUUACACAUGCUUUACAUGUUAUGAACUUAAAACCAACCACUCACUUACCCCUAUGCAUAACUAAAAAAAACAAAUCUCCCUCUCCCUGUUAAUGUGACUGAUUAGACAUUUCAAAAUGUGUGGAUAAACCAUUAAAAUGUAGGGUGCCAUCUGUUUUAUAGCAGUAUUCUUUUUAAUAUUUGUAACUGUAAUUUAUCCAUUUCCACCCCUUGGGGUUUUUUGUGUUGUUGUUUUUUUUGUGUGUGUGUGUUUAUAUCUGGUAAAACUUGAACAGAGAAGAUCAGUUUGGUAGGCUGAAGCUAUGUGUUCUAGAGUAGUCCCAUUGAAAUAGGUGGAAUUGCUCUACAGUUGUUAAGUCCAGUAUACUGUAUGCUUGCUUGUUUGUUUGGAAGAAACUGUCUUAAGACUUUCCUUUUAUCUAAAAUCUGUCUUCUAGGCAGGUUAUAUAGAUGUAGCUUCCAUUUGGAUGGAAGAAUAGGAUUUGAGGAAGGGUAUGUUCAUUUGGGGGUUUUGUAGGUUUUCUUAUAACUUUAUUAUUAAGUGUAAGCAGUGACUUAGUAAGUUCUUUUUCCUGUUCUAGGCACUUACAGAUUGAGAUAUGCACCUCCCCCACCCCCUUCUAAUGAUACGUUGGAUUCUGCUGACUGAAACCAAGUAAACAUUGCCUACAUACCAAAAUGAAGGUUGGGAAGUCUGGGGAGUUCUUUGGAUUUGAGAGAUUCCUUGUGUGUGUUUAUCUUUUUCUUUUCCUUUUGCAUUUUUUCAUUGCUCGUGAAUGUCUGUUGUAAUACAAAGGAAGAAAGCGGUUUUGCUCCUGGUCCGACUUGCAUAAAGCAUGUUGCUAUCUCGGCCAAUCAAUCAAAAGAGUAUUUGAAUGAAUAGACUUUUGCACUGAAGAUAUGCAAUGUUUACUGCAUUUUUUUUUUUAAAGAAAAGGUCAUUUAACCUCUGACUACACUGGUUGAACAGCCAUAAGGUUGAAAGGGGUAAUUGGCGCAUGCUCUCACAAGCCACCUUCCCCUUGCCCUCAUUUUCUUGUGCUGCUAUUGUUCUAUCCCACCUUUUGCUGGGUCAUUAUCUCUCCAUGGGACUGGAUUGAUGUUCAGCCGUUUAUUUCUGGCCCGUAACACUAGUAAAUUCCUAUUCUUUUGAUCUGAUGGGGGCAUUGCUUGCUUUUUUUGAGAGCUUGGAAAUUCACAAUAGUACAUGUGCAAAAACGGACAAAAAUAAAGAGCUUAUAUGUGCCUAAAAGACACAAAUAAAACAUAGGAUGGGGAAGGCUUAAAGCUGUGUGUGGACCUUUAACUGAUUUCUGAAAUAGAAAUACAUUGAACAAUUUUACUUCUGUUGUAGUAUUUUUUUUUUAAGCCUGUUGGUUCAAAUUGUGUAACUGGUAUGAAUGCCUUAGUUUGUGUGUCUGCAUUUGUAAUGACAGUUGGCAGCAAAUACCUUUAUUAAACAUAUACACUACAUUGUUGAUACAAAAAUGACUUGAUUUUUAACAUCUUCCCCUUUAGACUGUUACAGUGUUGUGUUAGAAUGUAACUGGUUUAUUUCAAUCUGGUCAAAAAUCUAUGUAUUCUACAGAACCGUCGGGUAUUUGUAUACUAGAACCAGUCUACCAAAUAGCAAUGUCACUUUCUUAUGACAAUUUUACCACUGUGUGAUCACGAUAUAAUGUGAAAGGCUCUGAUGAGUAUAAAGAUUGAUCAUGUUAUAUCACAAAGUUUAACACUGCUGUAUUUUAUUUCUAAAAGCCAAGAUGUACUAAAUUGCUUCCAGAUAAUAUUUGAUUUCUUAAGUGCACUGAGUUUUAUCUGGAAGAAAGCUUUUGACUGUUGAAAUCAACACUGAACUACCAUCCUUUGUGUACCCAUAGGUAUCACAAUUCAUAGAAGAAAUGUAGAUUUUGCUUUAAAAAAAGAAGAUUAUAUGCAGCAGGUGGGAAGCAGUCAAAACAGUUUUCAUUUCAUUUCUAAUUGCUAAACAAGAAACUUGAAGAAGCUUGAUUUACUACAUUUCUUCAUAGAUAGCAUUUAUAUUUAUAGCACCAAUAUAUUUUGAAAGUGAGGGAGUAAAGGGGUAGAUGAGAGCUUUAAUUUAAAAAAGAAAAUUAGCAUAGGAAAUUAUCUCCGUUAUAAAAAGUACUUUUAUUUGCUCUGGGUAUGUUGGACCAUAUUAAAAUGAAAUAAUUGCUUUCGAGUUUAGUGAGGGUGUUGAAAGCACCAGUGGACUUCAUUCUCAAUUAUCUGCCAGUUUACUUUAUGGAACUUUAUGAUUUCAGAUACUGUACUGUAAAUGGGAGGUAUGUUGCCUUCUCUUUAUUUGUAUGUUUACCAUAUACUUUGAUAUUUGAAAUGUUAUGUAUGGGAAAGCUCACUUAUAUUUCUAGAACAAAUUGGAUUUUAUGCAGCAUCUUUCCUUGAAUUAACAGCAAUAAAAAGAGAAAAAAAUCAUGUUUGA